UGCGUCUUACAAAGACAGGAAGUGACGUAAUGACAACAAUAACGCGCAGCGCUCUCUGAAAGAAAUGAAUGGGAUGGUCUCGAUAUUUCGUAUUCACAUUAUUCAAUAAGAAAGCGUUAUCUUUUACAUUUACUAAAGCAAGAUUGAUAUAUUGGAACAGCACUCACCUGAAGGACGCUGUUUUUUUGACUAGCGUAAGGAUGGCAGCCUCACUGCCUCAGAAGGCGGGGAUGCCUCCUCAGCUGCAGCAGCAGCAGCAGCCUCACCUCCCCCCCGGUGCUGCCCCGGCGGCCGGUCAGCAGUCCAUGCCCCCCCAGGGAGCCCUGAGGGAGAUCUCCCCAGUGUUCCUCUGUCGGAUCGGACAGGAGACGGUCCAGGACAUCGUGACGCGCACUAUGGAGAUCUUUCAGAUCACAAGAGCUACCCAGCUCCCCAAUGGUGUCACCCAGAGCCAGGCGAUGUACCAGGACCGCUUUGGGAAGCUCCAGGAACACCUACGGCAGCUCGCCCUGCUAUUCAGAAAGCUGCGGCUCCUGUACGAACGCUGUGUGGAGAUGACCUCUGACCUGCAGGAGGAGCCAUCAGAGCUUCUGCCGUACGUUGGAGAGGAGCUGGUUAAUGUCAAAGUGGAGCCCUGCAGUUCUGCUGUCAACCAGGAGAGAAAAGAGGUUCUGGAGAAGGUACGUCAGAAGAACCACGAGAUGAAGAUCCUGAUGGACCAGAUGAGGAACCUGCUGUGGGACGUCAACGCCAUGCUCACCCACAGGAAAUGAUAGCCUCGGCAGACCCACUGGUCUUUUUUAGGGGUCCAUUCCUCCUCGGACACACGGACUGGAUAAAAGGGAAGAGCGGGCGAAAUGAGCGGAUUUCUGUUUGGUUUUUAAAGACGGGGCCUCUCACUUAGGUUUACCUCCUUUUGCGUUGGCACUUCAUCGCUAAAACUCUCAGUUGACCCGACCUCUGGCGUUUAUUCUUUUUUCUUUGGAAAUUGUGGGUUGGUAAACUGUAUAGGAAAGGAUAAUACUCAAGGCAGCUGACAACAGUUUGACCCGUGCUCCACAACUGCUACUGUGUUCAUUCUGAUCCUCUUUCUCCCCUGGGUGCCGACCCGACAGCAGACACACUUAAAUUGAUCACAGGUUCAUUCUUCCAGUGCGACCACCGACGACCCCUGUGAACAUGAGCCAUCGGCCUUAUUGUGUUCCCUCAGUUGUAAAGAAUUCAAAUCAGCCCAUUGGCAGCUAUGUAUCUCAGGUGCCUUGUACAUAAGUGUGUGUGUGUGUGUGUGUGUGUGUGUGUGUGUGUGUGUGUGUGUGUGUGUGUGUGUGCGCGCACGCACACGUGAGCAUGUGUGGGUGCACAGGCCUAACGAGAUUAGCUUCCUGAGUGCUAGACAGCACACCUGUUUACCCUGAGGGCAGACAGAGACCUGCUUGGCUGCGUAUAUAUUUUUGUAAACUGUGGAACAAAAUGUAGUGCUAGGGGGUCAUUUUGUUUUUCUAUGAAAUAAACCCUUUUUCUUCCUUUUUUUUAAAAUGACAAAAUGUUUGAACGUGUGCUUCAAUCGUGCUUCUAGAGGCAACACUGGGCGGCUCAGAAUACGCA